AUGAAAGGUCUUCUCUGGUCAAAGAACAGGAAAUCUUCUACAACAAGUGCUAGCUCAGGUUCAACUUCCACGCCACAAAAGACUACGACUGCGUCCACCACGUCCUCCUCCCCGUCCCCUUCAUCAUCCUCUCAAACAAUUCGGAACUCAACGAGCAAUCCUCCUCAAUACAUGCAUUCCCACCAUCAUAAUGGUCAGGGACACAGUCACCAUAGAGGAGAAGAAAGCAAUAGAGAUAAGAGAAAAAGCUCCAUAUUUGUAUCUUCUAAGCAGUAUACACCUGCCAGCCCCAGUCAGGUAAACUUGGGAAUGUAUCAUUCUGAGGCGAACGCCAGGUCAUCGAGAAGCAUCGCUUCUACGCUAAGAGAUGAUUCUGCGUCUGUCUACUCCGAAGAGGACACCAGUAAUUCUUCUAGUCAAAAAUCCAAUGCUCCCGAUGAUAUUUCUGUGGCACCCAAGAAGAGUGGACUCUCGAAAGAUUCACUGUUGCCCUCGCGCUCUCCAUCAUUAUCACCUCCUCAAUCUCGAUGUAGCACGGGAACCGCACUGGAAAAACCUCUGAGUAGUCCAGGUGCCAGUAACAAUAAUAAUACCGUUAAUGAGGUUGAGCCAAGGCAAAAGAAUGUCAUCCAUCUAAACUCUGAAAACUAUGAUACAACAAUUUUCAAAAGCGGAUGGGUGAAUAAGUCGCAUGGUCAAACUGUAGCAACGAAUUAUAGUAGCUCGAUUACAAUUUCUUCCUCUUCCUCUUCUUCUCAAAAUCUUCGUAAUGAUGCGUAUUCUAGAAGCAGGGAGAGUAGAUUCUAUAGUAACGACGGCUCGUCUUUGAAAAAUGAUGAUAACAAUGCUAUUGCGCCCAAUAGUAGUACCAAUGAUAUGGCCUCGGCAAGAAGUAGCAUAGCUUUAGAUCCGCAAAUGCUAGUGCCCGACUACCGUCUUUACAGGGCACAGUUGAGAGGGUGUGUUAUGAACCUUUACAAAAGUGGAUUGAAUAACAAUGUUAAGUUCUUCGACCCAACGUUGCCGGCCUCAAAUAGUAGUACAGCAAAUGAAAAUCUUCAGCAGAAGAAACAGCAAGCAAACUCACAACCGGGAGCAGAAGCACAGCUUCAAAGGCAACCAGUUGAUCAAGUGGGCGAGCCCAUUACAUCAGAUUUAAAAUACUUAUCUGAAACUUAUCCUCAUCCAGAUUUAAAACUAGACAGUGAUGGUAAGAUCGUAUCAGGCACAAUAGAAAGUUUGUGUCAUGCAGUUCUAUUCUACUCUAAUUCAAAACAUCCAGAUACGCCCAACGAAAAAUCGUCAUCAAAGACCCAUAGAACCAUUAUUAAUCUGUUGUUAAUGUUUCCAUUAUUAGACCAUUUCAUUAAGUUUCUGAAAAUGUUCAAUCAGUACGGGCUUUCUUUCACCAAAAACAAAUCUAGAUUGACAAAUAGUUCUACACAAUUCUACAAUAUAGCUUCUUUUAUGGAUGAUUCUAUGACGCAAAGAUUAGCUUUAGUCGCCAAGACUAUUCUCGAUGUAUUUCCGGGAUUUUUAUUGGAUGAACCAAUGCUCAAGGCCAUAAUUUCCCUAUUGGAUACUAUAUCUUUGCAUAACGAUGAAAUUUCCAACACUCUGAAAAUCAAAAUUGCGAACAAGCAUAAUGAAUUAAUGAAACUAACAGCAUUCAGUCGAUCUCUACCAACAAAGAUAUCAUCUACGCACGAAUUAGAAAUUAUUUUAGAUCCAAGUCGUUUUCUGUCUAUGGACAUCAAGAAAUUAGCUGAUGAAAUUCAUCAAAUCAAUUUGAAGUUUGAUAAAGUGUGGGCACCGAAAUUUGAUUAUUCCCUGCUCUAUGAUUCUAAGUUUGUUAACCGAAGAAUUAUUUCACUGAAUCCAUUGGUAUUCAAUAACAACCAAAACAUCCAUUUUUUAGGAAGAUUACUAGUAUCUCAUUUAUUUCCAACGAAUCCCACGUUUAGCAAAAAAAUGUCUUCGAAACUGAAAGCGGAAUUAUUAAAUAAGUGGGUUCAAAUUGGUUGUAGGUUUGAACAUUUAGGAGAUAUGGUGUCAUGGCUAGCCGUUGCCACUAUUAUCUGCUCUAUCCCAGUAUUAAGAUCAUCUUCAUGGAAACACGUUCCUGAUCAGUCACUGAAAACUAUUUUCAAGGAUUGGGUUCCCACUAUUAUUCAAUUAGAAAGGCGGCAAAGAACAUCCAAAUCGACAAGUAGCGUUUUCAUUCUCGCUCCACCGAACCUAGAUGAUGAUUUUACAAGAGCGAAUGUCAUUUCUUAUUUUGGCGACUUGCUGAUCCAUGCUGAUGAUUUGCCACCUGAUGCGAAGUUCAAGUACUUGGAGAAGAAAAUUAAUAGAACCAAAAACGCUUUUCAUAAAUGGCAACAAAGAUUGCAAGCAAUAGACUCUAUGGGGAACAAUGCGAAACCAUCUGAUCAUAUUAAGGAAAAUGGGCUGUCCACGAGUGUAGUCUACCAAUUAUGGAAAUUUCAUCUAUCACAACCUCCCUUAAACAUUGAGGGAAUAAUGAGACUAAGCCUCCAACUCGAGCCUCCGACAAUUGAUCAAAAAGCGUACUCUACAAUUGGCGCUCAAAGAAGCGCCUUGGUGACUGGAAGUUAUUUACCUAUUUUAUACAAUGAACUAUUGCCAAAUUAUUCUUUAUUCCCUAAGAAUACACUGGUGGGAGCUGCCAGUGAUGCAAAACUACCCCCCCCAAGGUCUUCCGCCCGCCUCUCUAAAUCACUUUCAAUUAGUGAACCAAUCGUAGUCGUUUCUAACAGUCAUGCCUCAGGUUCAUUCAUGGAUAAUACCUCCCUGGCAACUAAUGAUAAUAAUAAAGUCACAGGUAUUGGAAAUAUCGAUGGUCCAGUGAUUAAAGAAAUGUCAUCGAAACAAUCGAAUAAACAAAGGUUACUAAAAUCUGUGAGGGAUGUUUUUAAUAUAGACAUGGACGUGUUUCACAUUUCGGAUGAUUUAGUUUUCAAAUCUGUUUACGACAGUGACGGUAAAUCCCGUCCAGCUAGUAUGGUGAUAGAAACCCCAAAAAGAUUUUCACAACGCUCUUCCAUGAUCAUCAACAAUUCUGCUGCUUCAAACCAAAAGAUGAGAGAUUCCAUGGAUACUGCUGGAAGAUUGAGUAAAACUUUAGAGAAUAUGGAUUUUUUCAAUAAUAUUGGUCAAGUAUCAGAUUCAUUAAAAGAAUCCAUUAUUCAUGUGGCGUUAAAAUCAUCAUCAUUAGAAAAAAUAUUUGAUUUACUAGUGUUAACUGCAAACAUUUUCUCGAAGUUAGUGGACACUAAGGACCUUGAGAAUUAUUACCAUAACCAGAAGCUAAGAAGUCAUUCUAUUAGAGGAGCUCCCGAUGAUAAUUUUGGAUUACUAGACUAUGCAUUUGUCAAACUAACUAUGGACAAUGAUAUUUUCACAGAGACGUUUUUCAACACGUAUAAAAGUUUUACCACUACGACCGCAGUGUUAGAAAAUAUGGCUAAGCGAUAUAUUGGUGCCAAAAGCUGCAGCGUAUCAAUUUCCAAGAUUCUGGACCGCAAUGAUGAUUCCAAAAUGAAAAUAAAUGAGGGUUCUAAUUUGGCAUCUUCAUCAUUAUAUGAUCAAAAUUUCCCCGUAUGGGACACGAAAGUCAUUGAUGAUGAGAAUGUGAAUCCUAUUUAUAUGGCCAAAAUUCAAAUUGGUGCUGCCGAAGCUAUAUUACAUUUAGUAAAAAAUCAUUAUUCUGAUUUUACAGACGAUUUGUCCAGUAACUCCACCCUAUUGGAUAUUAUAAAAAUUAUGGAACAGGAAGUGUCUACCGAAUGGACUAUGAGGAUUGCCAACCUAAAGUUGAAGAAAAAUUUACCUGGGGAAUUCAUUAUUGAAACAGAAAAUCUACUAGUUACGCUAACGGAUCUAUUUCACUGUAUUAAGUCAGCUUACCAAAAGCAGCUUUAUAGACCUAUUGGCGUCAAUAGAACACAAAGGAGAAUAACUGAUAGUUUGAAAUCCUUUAGCACGUUUUCUUUAACUGACCUAAAUGGUAUCCUUGAUGAUUCUACCUUCAAUGAUGAUAUGAUCAGAUCAUUCCAAAAACUAAAUUCCACGGAUUAUGAAAAUAUACUAGAAUGGAUUUACCAGUUAGAUAAUUUUAUAUCCAAAAAGUUCAACUUGAUAUCGAAAAAUGAUUGGAUAGUUAUUUUCCAAGAGUUGGAGUUGCUAUCAAAAGAAUCUUUAGUUUCAUUUUUUAAUUAUCCACUACAUUUCAAAUCAAGCAAAUUGAUAAACCCAGGAUAUUUACAAUUACAUGAGUUUGAAAUUUCAAAUCUCUUUACUUGGAUUUCUACAUUGAUUGUCAAGGAUAACAAUGGUAAAGAUAGUCUUUUUUUUGAAAGAUUACCUCAAUCUAUCAAACUGUUGAUAAAGUUGCACAUGAGUCUGACAACAUUCUUCGUGAUGGAAAUUUCAAAUAUUAAUAAAAGUGGUAGAGAAAGGUUAGUAACUUGCAAAGUUAUUUUACAAGUGUUGAAUUAUAUACGCUGGAAAAAUGGAAGUUUGGAUUUAUUUGAUUCGGAGGAAGAUGAAAGUCCCCAUGCUAUAUGUCCACAUAUUCCAGCCUUCAUCGAGACUGCUAUCGCACAUGCUAUAAUUUCACCAGAAUCAAGGAACUAUGAAGUUUCAUGGAUUAAAGCUUCUGAAAAACUUUCUAAUACUACUAAAGGGACGCAAAACCUAAGGUCUAUCAGUAACAUUUUAGAGCAGAUAGAUGACAUACAUAUAAAAAAGUUCAUUGAGAUUGAUGAUGUAUUCAACAAAAACUGCAAGAAUUUAUGCCCGUGCCCAGGUUGGUUCAUAUCAAGGUUACUUGAAAUCUCGCAGUUUGUUCCUAAUAUGAGCAUUACAAAUUCGAAACUAAUCAACUUCGAUAAAAGGAGAUUUGUCAACAACAUAAUCUCCAAUAUCUUGGAUUUAAUUCCUAACGAAAGAGAGCUUUCAUUUGACUUUGAAACGAACGACGAAAAUCCCUCCAAAAAGAACACUUUUGGCCGUAUUUUGUUCAAUAAUUUUGAGGAUUUGGAUAGGGCAUACAGAAAGAAGACUAAACAAGUAUCAGAAUCGGAAGCUGCAUCAGAGGGAUUUCAAGAGACGGAAAUAUUUAAUGAAAUUCUAGUCAAUGAAAUUGAAAAAAUCAAAAGAGAAACUAGGAAAUUAGAGGUUUUGCUUGACCAGGAAAAAAUUUUGAAGAACUCUGCCGUUCUGCAACAAACUGUCCCAAAGAAAAAUAGAAAAUCUGUUGUUAUACCAGGUAAUCAUAGCGACAAUGACCAGAACUACAGUCUUAAUAAGAACACUAGUCAAGCAUCAUCGUCUCUAGUCAGCGUUAUGGAUAGCAAUAAUGGAGCAAGAAAUAGAAGAGACUCAAGAGCUUCAAUCUCGACAAAUAGGUCAUCAGUAGUAUCUAAUUCCAGUCAUAAUGGUGUUAGUAAAAAAAUCGGUGGAUUUUUCAGAAGGCCUUUUUCAAUCGGUGGGUUCAACGCAUCGGCUUCUAAUUACUCAUUAAACAGUAUACUCUCACAAGAAAUUUCAAGUAAUAAAUCCAUCCUACCUAGUGUACUUCCAGAGAUAGAUUCCAUACAUUUGCGUGAUUUGAAACCUAGUUAUAGUUUGAAAACCUUUGAAAUCAAAUCAAUAAUGGAAAUAAUCAACCACAGGAACAUUCCAGCUUAUUAUUAUGCAUUUAAGAUAGUUAUGCAGAAUGGUCAUGAAUACUUGAUCCAAACCACGAGCUCUAAUGAUCUCAAUGAAUGGAUGAAAAUGAUCAAGGCCUCCAAGAGGUUCUCAUUCCAUUCUAAGAAAUACAAGGGCAAAACACAUAAUAAAAUUUUUGGUGUACCGUUAGAAGAUGUUUGCGAAAGAGAGAAUACAAUGAUUCCCGCAAUUGUUGUGAAGUUACUGGAAGAAAUCGAGCUGCGCGGACUAGACGAAGUGGGGUUGUAUAGAAUUCCUGGUUCCAUCGGCAGUAUAAAUGCAUUGAAGAACGCAUUCGAUGAAGAAGGUGCAACUGAUAAUUCCUUUACAUUAGAAGACGAUAGAUGGUUUGAAGUGAAUGCCAUCGCAGGAUGCUUUAAGAUGUACCUAAGAGAGUUACCAGACUCCCUAUUUUCUCAUGCGAUGGUGAAUGAUUUCACUGAUUUAGCAAUAAAAUAUAACGCGCAUGUGAUGGCAAAUGAAGAAUACAAAAGAACGAUGAUUGAGCUGUUGCAAAAAUUGCCUACAUGUUACUAUCAAACUUUGAAAAGAAUAGUAUUCCAUUUGAAUAAAGUACAUCAGCAUGUCGUUAACAAUAAGAUGGACGCAUCUAAUUUGGCUAUUGUGUUUUCUAUGAGUUUCAUAAACCAGGAAGAUUUAGCCAAUAGUAUGGGGUCCAGGUUAGGAGCGGUUCAGACGAUUCUCCAGGAUUUCAUCAAAAAUCCAAAUGACUAUUUUGGGUAA